UCUUGACAAUCGUCGGGACGGCGUUUAACCUCUGGGCGGAGCUCGAAUAUUGAACUUGUUACUGUUGUCUGCAGUGAUAUCAUAACACUGCAAUAUGAAGAUGCGCUCACAUGACCGCCACCCGUCUCCAUCCCUGGGCAAGACACAGGUGCUGUAAGUGGGGCAAAAAGUAAGGCAUGGGGAAUAAAAGGAGGAGGAAGGCUGUCAGCUGAGCCCUUUAUCCAUCUGCAACUGCCACCACUGCCAGUGUCAAACUAAAGAAACACAGAAAAUGGCCCAGUCUGUGAGAAGACCUGAAACUUUGAGAGCCAUGGACCAUGAGCCGCAGAGGGACAAGACCAGGACCAGCUACUUUGGCAACGUCAAGACCAGGCUGGGUUCCAAGCUCCCCCCUGGCGUUUCUCAGCCUCCGCAGUUCGCUAAGCGGCCCUGGGAAACUCAGCCUAAGGCCCGAGCGAUGCCACAACCAGCCGCCAGCAGCCAACGUCUGAACCAACCCAUUGUGGGCCGGCCUCUCAACCACAUCCCCCACAUCAGAAACCCCAAACUGCGACAGUACUACCUACAAGGGACUUCAUGGGACCUAAACAAUACUGCGGUGAAGCAAGAGCGUAUGGAACGACCGUCAGAUGACAGCACAAGCCGCAGAGAUGUCCCUGGGGACACUGUGUUCAGCGUCUCAUCUCAGUUCAGCAGUAUCAGUGCAUCCUCAGCAGAAGAGUGCAAAACUGGUCACCACCCCUCCCGCUCCUCUUUGAAUUUACCCUCCUCGUCUGUUACCCUCAUCCCCAGAGAGCAGUUGGUCGUUCCAAAGGGGAAAAACACUUCCACCAGUCAAGGAUCGUCUCAGGCAGAUCUGGACUCAGGGUCUGAUCCUAACCCGAAGCGAGAUGUGGAGGCGGAUCCGGACUCUUUGGAUAUACUUGCUGCUCAGCCUCAGUCUCCCUCACCAGAGGCAGAGUAUGACAAACUACUGGAUGUGGAGGCGGUGCCGAUGCCUGAUGGGCAGCUCUGCUUACUGGCCCUGCCGACAGAGUGCUGCCAUGGGGAGGGACCAGAGGCCAUGCAGUACCUCAAGCUGUUUUGUCGCUACAUCACGGACCGUAAGGGUGUGGUUUCAGGUAUCCUGUUGGUGACUUCUAAUAAAAUCUUCUUUGACCCAUGUAAGACGCAUCCUCUGGUGAGGGAACAUGGCUGUGAGGAAUAUCUCCUGUCGUGCUCUGUUGACAAUCUGUCAUCUGUCUCCUUCUUCUCUGAUAUCUCACAUGUUCAUUUCAACACGUCCCAGCAGAGGAAAAAAGGAAAGAAAAUUUUCCAGAAGUUGAAAAGCGCCAAAAAGCAAACAGUCGGUUUCCCAAAUCAGGAGGGGGAGUCAAUCCCAGCUCUGGAGUCUGUGGCUCCAUCAGAGUUAAAUAGUCUGGCUCUGAGCUUGACCAAAGAGGCUUCUGAGGAGGAGGAGGAGGCAGAGAGCAGAGACAUGGCGGAGGCUGAGGGGGAGCUUGAUAGCAGCCCGCUGGAGGUGCUGUCAGAGGCGUCUGUAGGCGUCCUGGGCGUGGCUGUCCUGAGCAGUGCCGCCACCUUCUGCUGUGGAGGUCAAGAGACGGAGAGUAAGCUGAACACUGAAGAAACAGAGAAGGCCUCUGUGAAGAGUGAGACUGCAGUGCCUCGGAGGUCAUCAGCCGGCAGUUCCGGCAGUCUGAUGUUCAUACGGCUGCGGGUUCAGCCAUCUGCAGGAAAGAGAAAGGGUGCAGUGGGCUUUCAGCUGGGGCCGGCCAAAACCUUACCCAGAACGGAUGCCUGGCUCGCCCUUUCACAAGACAGCUCUGACGAGUUGUAUGCCUACCUUGCACACCAUCGACCAGACUUGUGUAUACGCGAGGGAGGGGAGGAGGAGGUGGAGGCGGAUCGUGAGGAAGAGGAGUUUGUGCUCAUCGAAGACAAAGCGGAGGUGGAGGACAAGGAGGAGGAGGAAGGGGUGGAGGUGCUCCACAGGCACCGCAGCUCAGGGGACGACUGGGAGAUGGUGUUGAUGGAAGAGAGCGCAGACAAGCCGACCCUGGUUGUUGACAGGGACCCCGAAGGACUCGGUAACAUUGUGGAGAGCAGCAACAUUUUAGAGGCUUCACAUGUCAGAGAGCUUUGUAAGGAGCUUCCCGCCAGGACAGUUGGCCACAGCUGGCAGCUGGCUUACAGUACGUCCCGUCAUGGCGCCAGCCUGAAGUCCCUCUACAGAAAACUCAGUGCCACAGACUCACCUGUGCUUAUUGUCAUUAAGGAUGCGCAUGAUGAGAUGUUCGGGGCCUUCCUCUCUCACCCUCUGAGGCUCAGUGAGACGUUCUACGGCACAGGAGAAACUUUCCUCUUCAUGUUGCAUCCCAGAUUUAAGUGUUUCAGAUGGACUGGAGAGAACUCAUUUUUUAUUAAAGGAGACAUGGACUCCUUUGCCAUUGGUGGUGGCAGUGGUCACUUUGGGCUGUGGGUGGAUGAGAAUUUGUACAUGGGUCACAGCAGCCCCUGCUACACCUUCAAUAACUGUUGCCUCUCGGAAACCGAUGACUUCCGAGUCAUGGAGUUGGAGGUGUGGACGUUCAGCUGAAGUUACCGAGUCACUGCAGAGUUUCUCUUUGACGUACCUCGUCCCCGCUGACCAGCUUCAUCAUUUAUCACCGAGGAAAAACGGCCGCUCAUUCAUUUCCUGGUAACAUCCAUGUAAGAAAAUAAACCACAAACUGCUGGAUUAAGUGCUGUGGAUUUAGUGAAAAGAAAUGAACCGAACAAGGCUGAUCCUGAGCAGCUUGCUGUUCCUGAGCGGGGUUUAGUGGUCGACAUUUUCAUUGUUGACUCAUUCCUGUGGGUUUGGCAACUAGACUGAGCUCUGCUGAGCCAAGUGGAGCUGAACUGUUAUGAAACUGGACUCUUUGAGUCCUCAUUUUUGAAUGGAGUGGGUUACAAGUCUCAGACACUUCAAUUUGCUUUUAAUGUGAAUCAGUAACUUCAUGAUAUCUCAUUAUUUAUCAUGUGAACACGAUGUUAAACCUACGUUCAUAGGUUAUGCAUGCAGCCAACUUUAUAUAACUGUGUUCAGUUAAUACUGGAAGACACGUACGCCAGUCUUCUCAUGAAUGGAUUUCUCCAAUGAAAACUGCACAUGCGCAGCACACAGUCGUGCAGUUACCCUGAUCAGACACUAAUCGACUUUCAUCAAUUAGACAAAGACAGGAGAAAUUAACACUGAAAUUAAUCGUGUAUGUCAUAUUCAUGACUGUUCUGAGCUCUUUUCAUUUCACCUGCUGACUCAUACUCUGUGGUUUCUGAUCAUGAAAGCUUGAGAAGUACAGUACUUUUUUUUUUUUUUGUCAUUCCACUGUAGCCUGAUCUACUCUGAUGAUGUUGUGCGGUAUUGUAGAUUAGUUAAUAAAAAUCAGCACAAAGUGGAAAAUGUUAAUUUUAAUUUCAAAUUUGUGAAUGAUUGUUAAAAUGCACUGUGACUGAUGUUGGCAAAAAACAACAAACACAAGUCAGUUUGUUUAAAGAAAAAAAAACAAAAAAAAAAAGGUUUUACUUCACCGUUGUGAAAAUGGCACUCGUAGGAAUUACAGAAUAACAGUGUUCCCUCUAAAGGCUCCAAGCAGGCAUAUGUUUGACAUGGACCUUGUAUGACCCUGACAUGUGGACCGUGUCACCUUCCAACUUAAUGUUAUUCAUUAUGAUUUAGUUCCAUUUUACACUAAAUACAUAUGAGGACUUCAUGAGGAAACUUGACUGAAAAUGUGAAAAUAACUGCUAAUGGUGGGUGCAGAUUGGCAUGUUAUUUUUUUACCAUUGAGGAUUUCCUCUCAUCUAGCUAAAGGCUAAAGCAAACUCAUUAUUUUGACUGGAGCCUAAAAGAGAAUAGCAACAGCACACGGUAUCAUGUGCCUCUCAGCUGUUUUGCAAACAUAAGAGGAUUUGGUUACAUAAAAACAUAUAAAACAUAAAUAUGGACCAAGUGGUAAGCAACCUAUCGGAUUGAUUUCUUCUUAAAAAACAAUCUUUGGUGUGGUCACAUUAUCUUCAAAACAGAAAACCUGCAAAAUAUUCAACAUUUGGUUUUAAACUCAUAAUAUAAGAAGAACAACAACAACAACAA